UUCAGAACGCCUAUUGAUUUGACCAUCAUGUCAAAAUGUCAAUAUUUUGUUGAUAACAUUAUAAUUUAUUUUACAAUCAGUUGAACAAGCUUCCUCGCCUUCUCGUGAUCUCUGUGAUAAAACAAUACAAUUCAUUGCUGCGAUAAGAAAUCUUUUUAGUCUGUUACUGAUUAAUAGAGUACCAGAAUAAUGGCAGAACUCUGUCCGGAACAUCCGAGAAACUUGAUCCCGGAACUAUGCAAUCAGUUCUACCAUUUGGGAUGGGUAACAGGGACAGGCGGAGGCAUUUCUAUUAAAGAAGGAGAUAAAAUCUACAUAGCACCAUCAGGGGUUCAAAAGGAGCGAAUGAAGUCAGACGAUUUGUUCGUCCAGACUAUCAAUGAUGAGGACUUGGAACUGCCACCACCUGAGAAGAAACUAAAGAAAAGCCAAUGCACUCCCCUAUUCAUGCUCGCGUACAAGGAGCGCGGCGCGGGCGCAGUCAUACACACACACUCACCCCACGCUGUCAGAUGCACUCUAUUGUAUGACAAGGAGUUUGUUAUCACGCAUCAGGAAAUGAUCAAGGGUAUAAAAGACGCCUCCCUCGGCCGUUACCUCCGCUACGAUGAGAAGCUAGUGGUCCCCAUAAUUGAGAACACUCCCUUCGAGAAGGAUCUUGCGGGGUCCCUCGGUGAAGCACUGCGUCAGUACCCUGGCACGAGCGCUGUGCUUGUGAGGAGGCACGGGGUCUAUGUGUGGGGAGAAACGUGGCAACAGGCUAAGACUAUGACGGAAUGCUACGAUUACUUAUUCGAAAUGGCUGUGGAGAUGAAAAAGUUAGGACUUGACCCAGCCUAUAAUCCAGAAAAAGUCAAGAAUGGCGCGAAGCAAUGACAUCGAAAUCUCAUCUUUGUCACUUGAACUCCACUCAUAGCACAUAGGGUAGGCUUUUUUAUUAUGCGGCCAUAAAAGCGAUUGUUGAGAGUUAAUUUGAUAUAUGAACUUCCAGAAUUUUAUUUACCUACAUAAGAAAAGUUUUAUAACUAAGCAUAAAUAAAAACCAAAAGAUUGUUAA